AUGAGGAGGAUGGCGAAGGAUCUGCAACCAGCCGAGCAAGGGUCUGGGUGGAUGUCCAGUUGGCUUCCAUCCUGGUGUCCCACCUCCCUCUCUCAGCUGAAGGAUGCAGAAGACAAAAUGCUCAAGUCUGUGAAGGCCCCAUUCUCCAGGCAGCAUGUCCAGAUAUCCAACGGCAACUAUCUCUGGACCUUAGCCUUCACCUCUCACAUCAAGCCCCAUCCCUCUCUCCCACCCCAGCCUCAACCCCAUCCCUCUCUCCCACCCCAGCCUCAACCCCAUCCCUCUCUCCCACCCCAGCCUCAACCCAAGCCCCAUCCCUUUCUCCCACCCCAGCCUCAACCCAAGCCCCAUCCCUCUCUCCCACCCCAGCCUCAACCCCAUCCCUCUCUCCCACCCCAGCCUCAACCCAAGCCCCAUCCCUCUCUCCCACCCCAGCCUCAACCCCAUCCCUCUCUCCCACCCCAGCCUCAGCCCCAACCACAUAUCUCUCUACCACCCCAUAGCCAGCCCCAUCCCUGUUCUCCACAGCACUCUCUCCAGCCCUGUCCUCCCCUGGUGCUGCUCCAUGGGUUUGGGGGUGGUGUGGGUCUGUGGGCCCAGAACCUGGACUCUCUGUGUGGCAGUGGAGCCGUGUAUGCCCUGGAUCUUCUGGGGUUUGGACAGAGCAGCCGGCCCCUGUUCAGCGUGGACCCCCAGGGGGCAGAGGAGCAGUUCCUAGGGGCCCUGGAGGAGUGGAGGGACAGGGUGGGCCUGGAGGAGAUAGUCCUGCUGGGACACAACCUGGGAGGAUACCUGGCUGCUGCUUACACACUCACACACCCACACAGGGUAAAGCACUUGAUCCUGGUGGAGCCCUGGGGGUUCCCGGCCCGUCCAGAGAGCCUAGAUCAGGAGAAGUCUAUCCCAGUGUGGAUCAGAGCCAUGGGGGCUGUCAUGAGUCCCUUCAACCCCCUGGCUGGACUUAGACUGGCCGGACCACUGGGUCCUAUGUUGAUCCAGACCAUCAGGUCAGAUUUUAAACAGAAGUACUCUUCAGUGUUUGAUGACAACACCGUAUCAGACUACAUCUACCAUCUUAACGCACAGACGCCAAGUGGUGAAACAGCGUUUAGGAACAUGACGGUACCAUAUGGUUGGGCUAAGAGACCAAUGUUAGAUCGUAUUGGACAGAUCCAACCAGACAUUCCAAUAUCCAUCAUCUAUGGGUCCCGAUCCAGUAUUGACAGCGACUCGGGAUACACUAUCCAGAAAAUCCGACCAGAUGUGGACAUCAUCGUGAUAAGGGGAGGAGGUCACUAUGUGUUUGCUGACCAGCCAGACGACUUCAAUCAGAACGUUCUUCACAUCCUGGCCAGGAUAGAGGGAGAUAAGGAGAAGAGGGAUGAGGAGUGGUGUGCAUGAGAAGGAAGGGAAAUGAGGAGAGAGGUGAGAGGAGAAGAUUGAGGGUUGAGUAAAGAAUGGAAGAUGAGAUGGGGAGAAGAGGCAGUAAAGGAGGGGGAGAAGGAGAGAGACAUGGAGGAGUUGUUACAACUUCUUGGCUCUGAGGAGAAGGAGGACGAUUGUUACAUUCAGACUUUGAACACACACUUUCCUCACUGAGGACGUACUAGCGCUAGGCUGGUAUGCGAUGGUUAGAUCAUCAUUUUGUUUUAGAUUGAUAUGAGAUGGCUUGCUAAUGAUCUAUGCUGACAUAAGCUGCCGCUGGCCCAUGUUAAAUUCAAUGCUUGCCACAGUUGUGUCAAGUUGGCUGGAUGUCCUCUGGGUGGUGGAGCAUUCUUGAUACACACGGGAAACUGUUGAGUGUGAAAAACCCAGCAGCGUUGCAUUUCUUGACGCAAACCGGUGCGCCUGGCACCUACUACCAUAUCCCAUUCAAAGGCACUUAAAUAUUUUGUCUUGCCCAUUCACCUUCUGAAUGGCACACAUACACAAUCCAUGUCUCGAUUGCCUCAAGGCUUUAAAAUCCUUCUUUAACCUGUCUCCUCCCCUUCAUCUACACUGAUUUAAAGUGGAUUUAACAAGUGACGUCAAUAAGGGAUCAUGGCUUUCACCUGGUCAGUCUAUGUUGUGGAAAGAGCAGGUGUUCAUAAUGUUUUGUACACUCAGUGUGUGGGUCGAUAUAUGAUAUAUAUAUUAACUAUACUACAUCCACCUCUCAUCAGUAUGCCCCUGUACAGCCAGUGAAGGCAAUGUUGUGUAUAUCAUCUUUGUAAAGAAAUGUCAAAUGUAUUGUUUUCUUAAAUAUAGAAUAAUGUACAUUAAUGUUUUGUUUGUUGACAAAUGUCCAUAGUAUCAUGUCUCAAAGCUGCUACCAGUAUGCUAAAACUUUAUAUUCACAGAGUAAGCAAGGGAACAGAGAGACCCCUAAAAAAUGUAUUCUAAGAAACUGUUGAGCAAUGUUUUGAUGCUUGAGGAAGGAGAGUUGAUCCCAAAGGAAAAACUUGUUUUCUGUGGUGAACUAGUAUAAAGUUGACUGGGGUUUUUCUUUCUUAUUUGACACUUCACCCACACUGUUGCCUAACUAACCUCCAUAGGCAGACUGGUCCAGUCUCCCAUCAUGUUUGAGAUCGACUAUUUUGCAGUCCGCGACUAAUGCCUGACUGAUCUACAAUUACCCUGUAUCCUAAAUAACUACUCGUUAUGAUUUAUAGAUCAGUCAGUUCGCUCUGUCGGUGAUCAAUAAUUAAGCAAAUGUGAUGCUCUUGAACAUGACCUCUCUACAGAGCCAGCUCUGCAAAUGUACCACACAACAGGAUAAAGGAUAUUUAUCAAAAUAAUGUUCUUUAUGAUAUGAGGACUGGUAUGGAGGCCAUAUUAUUUACUAUAUGUUCGUAUUCUUAUCUUUUAUUUCUUUUUGUUGUUGUCGUUGUCGAGAAGGAACCUAUAAAUAAUAAUUUCAAUGGACGGUUAUACCGUGU